AUGUCAUCUCGUGGCAGAGAAGUGGAAGUGAGGAUCUCAUCAGCAAAGGAAAUCAAGAACGUGAAUUGGCGCAACGGCCCAAACAAGCCAUACGCCGUCGUAUGGGUCGAUCCGAAAUACAAAUCCUCAACGAGAGUCGACGAGGACGGUGACACGUGUCCCUCUUGGAAUGAGACAUUUGUCAUCCCUUUGCCUCCGGACAACAACGACGAUAACAAGCUCUACGUCGACAUCGUACACGCAGGUCGUGAAGAGAACACAAAGCCCCUCAUCGGCUCCGCUCAUCUCAGCCUCCGUGAUGUCAUUGAUGACGUCGGUCUCGGCGUCCCUCUCGCGACAACCAUCAAGCUCAAACGUCCUUCCGGCCGACCUCACGGCAAACUUGACGUCACCGUCACCGUUCGAGAACCUCCGUAUUACUCAGCUCCAGGAUCGUACAACGCGCCGCCGCAAUAUGUUCAUGGUGAUCCAUACGCGCCGCCGCAAUCAUACGGAAACGCGGCGUACGGACAAGCGGGGUAUGGAUAUGCGGCGGAGAAAGAGAAGGAGAGUAAGUUCGGUGGGAUGGGGACGGGACUGGCGGUUGGGGCGGUGGCCGGAGUCCUGGGUGGAGUGGCGUUAGCCGAGGGAUUGGAUGCUGUGGAGGACAACAUCGCUGAAGAAGCAGCGGAGAAAGUGGAGGAGGAUCUGGAUGCCGGAGACGACGAUUUUGACGGCGGCGACGAUGACGGCGACUUUUAA